AUGAGUACUCACAAAAUUCCAUACGAGGGGAUACGACCCAAUAUUUACCAAAGAUCGAAUUAUGAUUUUGAUUCACAGUAUACCGGCCCUGAUGAUGGAGGCAUGAAUAUCAUGGCUCUACUUGAACAAGACAGAAACUUUGAAAUGGAAAUACGCCCUAGAACGGAAAGUCUCCAAAAAUUGGUGGGAACUGAGUUCGAUUUGACCAUCCGAGAGAGACUAGUCAUACUAUGUGGGUUAAGCAAUCUAAGGGUUUCUUUCGAAGAUGCUAUUCCAGGAUCGCAAAUUGUUUACGAGAGCAGCAGAUUGCGCCAGAUGGGCCAGACAAUAAUAAAGCUCCAUCUAAGUCUUCAAACCGUAUUCACGGACGAGAGCUUUCUUUCCUCUUCUGGUGAAGAGGUAGAACAGGACGUGGAUUUCUUCGAGAAGGCAGAGGAGUUCAUGAUUAUAGAAUUUAUGAAAAAGAACUUAGUUUACAACAAUGUGGUACCAUUUCAAGGUGCAAUGAGACAUGGACCAAUUCAUUCGCAACAAAAGUACACUGAUAGGAAGAAGAGGAUUCGAGACAAAACAAGCAUAGGAAGUUUCUAUACUAUGGUGGGACUCCUUCAUGUCAAGUAUCUGGAUCGCGUGCUUGAAAGUGUGAUAAUCAAUAAGAUUAUUAACGGUUCAUCAGGAUUAGUGAAUAUCAGAGUGGAAGCCGAGACGAGAUAG